AUGUAUCUAUCGGACUGUAAAUUGCUUUCGUUGUAUUACGCAGGUUUUGAAAAGUCGACGGCAAAAUCAUUGUGCGAGUUUGAAAAAAAGUUCAUUCCUUUUUCUUCUAAUGUUCUCAGCUAUUUACCGGAUGUUUCGAUUGCAAGUAUUUUGAUAAAUCUCAUCCAUUUUUUCAUUCUCACAAGGAAACCAAUGAGAACAUCUUCAAUCAAUAUCUUGAUGGCUGCAAUUGCACUAUUUGAUAUUUUAGCCUCUUUACAACAAAUCGAAUUAUUGCUUGAUAGAUACAGUUACAUUUUCUUCGAUUGCUAUCCCACAUACACAUACGGCCUGGAAUUGACUAAAGUUCUACUUGACGUAGUCAGAGAUUACUCAAGAAGAUGCUCAACCUGGCUCAUCGUUUUCAUUGCUUUUAUUCGAACACUGAUUGUUCGGAAUCCAAUGAGCACAAAGUUUGAGGCACUGUGCCAGCCGAAAGCAUCAGCAAUCAUAAUUGCUGGAAUUUGUGCGACAAGCUUCCCAGUUUCAGUGCUCAAGUUUCUCGAAUAUCAAUUUAUUGAGAUCGAGGGACUCGAAUCUUGUGCUAAAGGACCGCAUCACAUUUUCGCUGUGUCCGAUUUAUUUACUGCAAACGACGGUUUUUUGGCAAAAUAUUUUUAUUUAUUCAAUUCAUUUGUGUCAGACAUAGUUCCGUGUAUACUGCUACCGAUUGUAACCUUAUUACUGGUUAUGGAUUUAUGGAGAGCCGCUAAAAAAAGAACGAAUCUCAUUUCUGUGAGUAAGAACCAUAAUUCUCGAACUGGAUUAGUGUUCUGUGUAACUAUAAUGUUUUUCAUUGUUGAGUUUCCUUAUGGAUUGAGCAUGGGGUUUGUGUGGAUGUAUAAUGAUGUGUUGGGCUUACAGCACAUGAUGUCUCGAUUUGCAUUCAUGUUUGCAAUGUUAAUUACUUUAAACACGUGCACCCAUCUCUUCGUUUGUCUAAUCAUCUCUUCUCAUUAUAGGAGUACAGCCAUUUACGUCUUCUCCUGUGGAUAUAUUAAUUCGAAAAACACAAUUGCGAGCAGGACUCAAGUCACUUCCUCGUCUCAGUCAAAAACCCUAUAA